AUGUCGUUGUCCGAUUUCUACGAGGAUCAUCCUAAAUACCGCACAAGACUUGUGCUUCACGUCAGAGAUUCCAUGGAAGAUGCUGUUCAGGCUUCGGCUGCAGCCUUGGACUUAAUCAAGAACGAGAAAGUGAGCGCCAUCAUCGGACCAACAAGCUCAAUGCAAGCCGAGUUUAUGAUAAGACUGGCCAAGAAAUCUCAAGUACCCACCAUCACAUUCUCUGCAACAAGCCCUCUUCUAACAUCCAUCAAUAGCCAAUAUUUUGUCCGAGCCACUCUCAACGACGUAUCCCAAGUCAGAGCCAUUGCAGCCAUUGUCAAAUCCUUCGAGUGGAGAAGGGUCAUCGCUAUUUAUGUUGACAACGAAUCUGGAGAAGGAAUGAUGCCCUAUUUAAUCAUCGCUCUACAAGAUGUGCAAGCUUCUGUAGUCUAUAAAAGUGUGAUCUCACUAGAGGCUAACGAUGAUCAGAUCGAAAAAGAGCUUUAUAAACUCAUGACAAUGCAGACAAGGGUGUUCGUUCUUCACAUGCCACCAAAUCUUGGUUUUCGAGUUAUUCAGAAAGCUAGAGAUAUCAAGAUGAUGGAGGAAGGGUACGUGUGGUUACUGACAGAUGAAAUGACGAAUUGGAUUGGAUCUAACGAGCGCGGUAGUAGCUUGGAGAAUAUACAAGGGUUGUUGGGUGUGAGGAGCUAUAUCCCUCAAUCAAAAGAGCUUGAACAUUUCCGUUUGAGAGGGAAGAAAAAGUUCGAGAAGGAUCAUGCAAAACCGAACGUUUUUGCAUUAUGGGCGUAUGAUUCCAUCACUGCAUUGGCCAUGGCCGUGGAGAAAAUCAGCAUAAAGACCUUGGAGUAUGAUAAUGGGAGAGUCUCUUCAAAAGACAUGACAGAUAUGGUGACCCUAGGGGUCUCUCGUCACGGUCCAAGCCUUUUAAAGGCUCUCUCUGAUGUGAGGUUCAAGGGUUUAGCAGGAGAGUUUAAGCUCAUUAACAGGGAGCUCGAGUCAUCAACUUUUGAGAUCAUCAAUUAUAUUGGAAACAAAGAGAGGAUUAUCGGACUGGUGGAUUCAAAGUCAGAGAAAACGACAGCGUUCAGGCAGGUGACAUGGCCCGGAAACUCGACUGUUGUUCCGAAAGGUUGGGAGAUUUCGACCAAUGGGAAGAAGCUUAUAGUGGGGGUUCCAGUGAAGAGAGGUUUCUUCGAUUUUGUAUCUGUAAACACAAAGAAGUCGAUCACUAACGGAGAGACCACCCCGACCGGUUACUCCAUAGAUGUCUUUGAAGCUGCUCUUAAAAAGUUGCCUUACUCAGUCAUUCCAAAAUACGUGCAUUUCAAGUCACCAAAGAAUUACGACGAUUUAGUAAACCAAGUCCAUAACGGGAGAUGGGACGCAGUUGCAGGAGAUGUAACCAUCAGACUAAAUAGGUCUUUGUACGUUGAUUUCACUCUACCAUACACAGAAUCUGGAGUGUUUAUGUUGGUGCCUAUGAAAGACAAGGAGAACAAGAACACAUGGGUGUUCCUCGAACCUUGGGGUAUAGACCUAUGGGUCACCACCGGUUGCUUCUUCGUAUUCAUUGGGUUUGUUGUGUGGCUGUUGGAACACAGAGUCAACGACGACUUCCGUGGACCGCCUCACCACCAGAUCGGCACUAGUUUCUGGUUCUCCUUCUCCACAUUGAAUUUUGCCCACCGUGAAAAGGUAGUAAGCAAUUUAGCAAGGUUUGUGGUGGUUGUGUGGUGCUUUGUAGUGCUUGUGCUGACUCAGAGCUACACAGCUAAUCUCACCUCUUUCUUGAUAAAACGUUUACAAGCAACGAGCACAACUGUGGAAGAUCUCAUCAGAAAUGGGGAUACCGUAGGGUACCAACGCGGCUCUUUCGUGCAUGAGCUUCUGAAAAAUCAAGGAUUUCAAGAGUCUAAGCUCAAGGCUUAUGAUUCUUCUGAAGAAUGCCACAUGCUUAUGUCCAAUAGGACAGUUUCAGCAGCUUUCGACGAAGUGGCCUACUUUAAAGUUGUUCUUUCUCAGUUUUGCUCCAAAUACGCCAUGGUCGAACCUUCCUUUAAGUCUGCUGGUUUUGGCUUUGUAUUCCCCAAGAAUUCGCCUUUGACAAGUGACGUCUCAAAGGCGAUUUUGAGUCUGUCUGAAGGCAAUGAAAUGAAAAAUAUCGAAAAGAAUUGGCUAGUAAGACAGAGUCCUUGUCCUGAUCCCAGCACCGAUCUUUCGCACAACCGACUUGGCCUCAGUAGCUUUUGGGGUCUGUUUCUAAUAGCAGGCCUUGCUUCAUUCUUGGCACUUGUCCUUUUCCUGGCCAACUUCUUGUACGAACAGAGGCAUACCCUAUUUGAGGACUCCGGAAUUCCCUUCUUGAGAAAGCUAAUGUUCUUGCUUAGAAUCUUUAAUGAAAAAGAUAGAAAAUCGCACAUGUUCAAGGAGAGUGCCGUUCAUAAUAGGAGUUCACCACCUAGUACUCAAUGCACUCCAAGACCUUCAGUGGAGAUCAUACCAUGGCCACGAAGUCCAUCGCAGUCGCAGAUCAGGGAAUCUGAGCCAAGACGAGUGUCUCUUGACCAAAGUGAAGAUCUUUUCACUCCCACAACUGGAACAAGAUGA